UAAAAUUUGUAUUACAAAACGCCGCAUAUCAUACAUAUACAUAUAUACAUACAUACAUACAUACAUAAAUGAACGUUACUAUGACAAUACGCAUUUUGAUAUCUUAGCAACGACGACAAUAGUACGUAAUUAUUUCAUUACUUGGUAUUUAUAAAGUAGUUGAAUACAGAAUUUCUUAACAUAAAAUAUUAAAAACAGUGAAAUAACAUGUGGUGGGGAUACAGUCCUGCGUUAGAUAUCCAAUUUGAAAUUAAUAAAAGCGAGAUUAAUUAUUUAGACAAAUGUCUUGAAGUAUUAAUCGUAGGUGCUAACGAUGCAAGACAUAUCACGAAGACAUUAGCAUCGUCCUACUUGCAUAGCGACUGUAUUAUUACAUAUCAUGUAAUAGAACCAACGUUGGAACAAGUGGCCAGAUCCAUUCUUUUAUUAAGUAUUUUCUUAGAAAGAAAUUUAGGAUUACAAGAAGCAACUCGAUAUUAUUUGGAAAUAUUUGGGAAUACACUUAUAAGACCUGGAACUGCUAAAUAUUUAAUGAAGCAUUCUAAUCAGUUAGCAGAUAUUCCGACAAAUUCAAUUGAUUGCCCUUGGUUAAGUUUGGAAAAAUUUAAACAUAAGGAUAAGGAUCGUCUGGAAUCAAUUUUUAAAUUUUGGGAACAUGCAACACGCGAAAGUAUUCCUGUUGUAAAAUAUUGGGACGAAAGAGUUAGAAGAGCAUUGAAAACGCGAUACGAUUACAGAGACGGUGUAUUCGAUUGGGACUAUUAUAUGAUUUUAAAAUCUAAAGGGAUUUCAAAUUUAACUAUACAAGAGUAUAGAUUUUGGAGAAAUAAUGGAAUUGCAUUUACUUGGUUGGAAGGUGAACUUGUUAGAAGCAAUCCAACAUUAUUGAGUAACAUUUUACAGCAUGGGCCUGGAUUUAUACAUUAUACUUAUUUAGGAGAUAUAGUAAAUGGUCCAUUUUUUGCUUGGUCUUUGCAGGAAACAAAAAGUCAUCAUACUAAAUACAGAGCAACCGAUAUAACCGAACUAGAAAUUAUGCGAUCUAUGCAUGAAAUCAGAACACAGGAACCAUUUUGCGAAGAUCUUGUUGCAUCACAUAGAGAUUCUUCUAUAUUAAAUGGUACGCUAGUAUCUGAAAUGCCAAGUAAUGAAAUGGAGCAGGAACUGUGGAAAAAAAAAAUAAAUAAAUACAAAGGAAACAAUCUGUCUUGGAUAGAUAUUAAAAAUCAUAAGGUGAUUUUUCAUCCUGCAACAUGUUUGGAAGCUUUCAAAUAUAAAACGGAAUAUGUUGACAGAUUUGACUUUAUUUGGGUAGCUCAUAACAUGACAGAACAAUUGCCUAAUCUUGCAAAAUCGCUUAAAAAGGGAGGAAUUAUGUUGGUAGAAUUAAAAAAAUAUUUGGUAGAAGCGCGAGAAGAAAAUUUACAAACCUUUGUCAAGGAAUUAAAAAAUUUAGCUCAAAAAAAUGGGCUCUAUGAAAUUAAUGAUAUCAAUGCAAAAGAACAUUGUAUUGCUAAAUUUUGUAAAAAUUAAAUGUUUGUAAAUAAAUGCUAAUGUAAAUUAA